AUGGCAGCAGUUGCGCCGGCACCGGGCCUGCCAGGCCCUGACGUACCGGGGGCGUUGGCGCCGCCCUCGGACUCGUGGACGCCGUCGCCGCUCCCUUCUUCGUCCUACCUCCACAAACUCAUUUUCCUCUACCUCCGCAUCAACGCGGACGAAGCGCUCUCUACGCAGCUCCAGCACUGGCGGGCUUCCUGUUCCGGCCGCGCCUCUUUCUCGUCUUUUCCGUCGCCUUCUCUCUCGUCCCCCUCUUUCGCGGGAAGCUGCGCAAGCUCGGGCGAGGCCAGCUCAGCCUCUCCCUGCUACGCAUGCGAGGGCGACUCCUGCAGCAGCCCGCGAGGGGAGGCGCGUGCGGAAAAAAAGGAAGACGGAAGUCAGUCAAAGUGCUCCUGCUGCGUGUGCUGCUGCCUGCGAGACCCGAAAGCCACUGCGGAGGCUGAUGCAGAGUUCUCGGCGCUGCGCGCGCACCUUCUUCAGUUCAUCGCGCACGGAGAAGCGUCGGUCUCUUCAGCUCAAACGAGUGUAGGGGAGCGAAACCGGGAAGGCGAAGAUGACAAAUCCUUCCCCCGCACCGCGAGCCAUUCCGCGCUUGCCGAAGCAGGACGCAAGGAGGGACUCAGGCACGGCGCGGGUGGCGCCGACGCCGCGAGCGGAGAAGGAAGCGGAAAGAAAAGGGCGGAUGACCGACAGGUCGCUGACGGCCUUCUCGGCCGACGCGGGCAGCAACUCGUGGCGCAGGAUGGAAGGACGGACUCGUUUGUUGCGCAUGCAGCGCGUGACUCGCAGGAGGAAGGGAGCGCGGCAGGGGUAUGUACACCUGCGACUAGUGGUGUCAGGGGAGAGAAGCAGAAGGGAGACGUUUGCGGGCAAGAAUUUGGGGCGCAGCAAACGGAUGUGUUGCGCAAGGCGAGCGCGUCGUCGCCGCGUGGAUCCUGGAAGGCGAGCGGCGAUUUUGGAAGGGACGAGAGCGAGGACGUGAAAACCGUUUCGUCCCUCUCGCCUACGCAGGACGAGGAGAGCAGUGGAUGUACACCGCGCAGGGCGCGCAAGGCCUACAGCGCCGCGGAGACGGAGGAUUCGGGGUCUGCUCCCGGCGACUCGACCACGGAGGAGGGCAACACGGAAGGCGACUUUGCCGUGCGCCGCGGCGACCAAGCGACCGACGGCCAAGACCGAGUCGUGGAGGGAGCCGGCGCAAGUCAGGCCGUGCGGCGUCCCGACGCUUGCGGACUGGCGGAGGGAGCCGAGAGCCGCCAGGAGUCGGCUGAGAAGAAAAGUCUUUGGCUGGGGGCCCUCGCAGGCCCGCCGCAUUCUCUUUCUUCGUCUUGGCCUUCGCGAUCUCCCGUCGUUUCGUGCGUCGAGACUGUCCCUGUGCACCACUGGAGUGCGCUUCCGCCGGUGCUCCCCGCGCCCGCGCCGCGCCCGCGCUUUUCGGCGCCGCCGUCGUCGUUUUCUUCUCUCGCGUCUGUUGCGCGCGCCGUCGCGGCCGCGUCUCUGCCGGGGACGGAGGGCGAGUCUGGCGGCGCUGUCCCUGCGGCUUCGCUCGCGCUGCAGGCCGCCUCUGUGCAUCCCUCCGCGUUGCCUGCGGCCGCCUGGGUGGUGUCUCCGCCGACCGAACUCGCGCCGCAGCCUGCACUGACGUCGGUCGCCUCGUUCGCGGCUCCGGCAGGAGCCACGUCGGGGGCGCUGCCGUCGCGCAUCUACGUGGACGGCGUCUUCGAUCUGCUCCACUCGGGGCACUUCAACGCGCUGCGCCAGGCGCGGCAGCUGGGGGGCACGCUGGUCGUUGGCGUCUGCAGCGACGAGGCGACGUUCGCGGCGAAGAAGUGCCGGCCGAUCUACACGGAGACUGAGCGCGCGGAGAUCGUGCGCGGCUGCAAGUGGGUCGAUGAAGUGAUUGUGGGGACGCCCUACGAGGUUUCAGUCGAGAUGCUUGACCGGCUCAACUGCGGCUUCGCCGCACACGGCGACGACUGGGUGGUGGGCGCGGACGGAACCGACGCGUACGCGGGCCCGCGCCAGGCUGGCCGCAUGAAGCUCUUCAAACGCACCGAAGGCAUCAGCACGUCCACGAUCGUCGCUCGGCUGCUGCAGGCUACGGCGAACGUCGAAAACCGCCGCAGACGCGCGCGCGUCGCCGCCGAAGGGAACGCGCCGGCGCCGCGCGACCCCGCCGACGCCGCGAGGCGGGCGGACGGCACGGCAGCCGACGAGGCCGCAAAGGGCCCCUCCGCCGCCGCGGCGCCCGGGGCGGCCAACACGCACAGCGUGACGCAUCCGACGCCCGUGAAGCGCUUCGCGCGCGACGCGCUGCGGGAGCAGAAGGAGAGCAUGCUUGGCUGCUGGUGCGCCAGCAAGAAGAAGCGCGAGAAGCGCGACGAGGGCAAGGCGGAGGGCGCCAGCGAGGGCGAGGGCGGGCGACGGCGCGCCGGGCGCCGCGACGACCCCGAGCGCGAGGGCGAACGCCGCGCGCGGAGGGGAGAGGACAAGUCGAGAGCGAAAAAGUGCUGCGCAGGCGGCUUCCGCGGCUGCCCCCGGCGGCGCCCGCGCAUGCCACAGGACCCUGAAGAGCGCCGCAUGCUCAUGUCGACCAAGCGUCUGCUGCAGUUCAUUGGUCAGCCGAAGCGCCCGAAGAAGGGCGGGAAAAUCAUUUACGUCGACGGCUCCUUCGACGUCUUCCACGUCGGGCACCUGCGCAUCCUCGAGAAAGCCAGACAACUUGGCGACUACCUCAUCGUCGGCAUCCACGACGACGAAACCGUCUCUCGGGUCAAGGGGCCCGGAUUCCCCGUCCUCAACUUGCACGAAAGGGCGCUGAACGUCCUCGCGAUGCGCGUAGUGGAUGAAGUGAUUAUCGGCGCGCCGUGGGUGAUUCCGCACUACAUGCUGAAGCAGUUUCAAAUCGACGUCGUGGUGCGCGGCAGUCGCAUCGACUCGUUCGCGUACACGCCGGCUGGGGGGGCGUCGCCGCCGCUGGAGGCGGGCACGGGCCCGACGGGCGCCGGGGCGGAGGGCGAGGCCCGGGAAGAGGACACAAGCCUGCCGGAGGCUGCAGUGGCGUUUUCGUCGGGCGAGGAAGACGACGACAGCGUCGACCCGUACCGCGUGCCGAAGGAGCUCGGGAUGUAUCGCGAAGUCGAGAGCUCCUCCUCCUGGACGACCCGUGAACUGGUAGAACGCAUCCUCGCGAACCGACAAAUGCUUCUCGAAACCAUCGAAAAGAGGUGUUCAAAGGAAGCGAAUUUCUGGCUUGAGCAGGACAAGGCCGCGACGGCGCCCAUGACCGAGCUUUGA